CCUGUAUUUUCCUUGGCGGCAGUAAUCUGUUCACUGCAACAUGAAGCGUAAGAGAAAUUCCCUCCAAACUCAGCAACAAAGAGUUUCAGAAGAUUUAUAUUUAGAUGAUUAUUGCUGGGAAUAUGUUUUCAAAUUCAUCUUCAAUGACGACGAUGACGACAACCGUUCCUAUUUCAAAUCUCUUUCCAUAGUUAACAAGCAAUUUCUCUCCAUUACCAACCGUCUACGCCUCUCUCUCACCGUAUGGAAUCCAACCUGCCGUUUACUCUCUCGCCUUUUUCCAAGGUUCAUCAAUCUCAUCUCCCUCGACCUCUCCUGUUACUAUGGUCUCAUCAACAACCUUCUCGUUCAAAUCUCUCGUUUCCCAUUGAAACUCACUUCGCUUAAUCUCUCCAACCAACCCAACAUUCCGGCACGCGGCUUGAGAGCUUUCUCAGGAAAUAUUACAACUCUAACCUCUCUCAUUUGUUGCAACAUUGCUUCUCUCUCUACUGCUGACUUGCUUCUUAUUUCUCAGUGCUUUCCUUCCCUUCACGAACUUGACUUAGGUAACAGUAUCAAUUUUAAGCUAAAUGCUGAUAUUUCAAUGGUGUUUCCUAAGCUGCACAAAGUUAAUUUCUAUGGUCGUAACCAUACAUUUACAUAUAUGAUCGAUGCAUGGUUUUUACAAGUAUGUAAGAAUUCUGAGUUUUUUGAAGAUAUUGUGAUGUCGAACCGUUCACAAUUAACUCAUCACGGCAUUGCUUCUGCCAUCCGUGAGAGACCAACUUUGAAGUCUCUAUCAAUUAGUUGGAUGUCUAGCAACGAUGACAUUAGUUCACACUUUAUUAACUCUCUCGUGAGUUUGAAGGACUUAGCUUGUCUUGAUUUGUCAUAUUCGCUUAUCUCCGAUGAUUUGCUUUCCUCUAUUGCAACCGGAGGUCUUCCUUUGAAAAAGCUUGUCCUCCAAUUCUGUCAAGGAUAUAGUUAUGCUGGAAUCUUUUGUUUGUUAUCCAAGUGUCAAUUUAUACAACAUUUGGAUCUUCAAAAUGCUUAUUUUUUGAAUGACCAACAUGUUGUGGAGUUGUCUAUGUUUUUGGGUGAUUUAAUGUCUAUAAACCUUAGUCGAUGUGACAUGCUCACGGAGUUAUCUUUGCUUUCACUUGUAAGUAAUUGUCUUUCACUUAGUGAGAUCAAAAUGAAUGACACAAGGAUUGGGAUUGGGAGAGAGGGUGUACUGAAUUCUAAUUCUUUCGAGGAUUUCGUUGUAAGCCCUCAAUUAAAGUCUCUCAGUUUGACCCAUAGUUCCUGGCUAAGAGAUGAAAGCAUCAAAAUGUUUGCUUCCAUUUUCCCCAAUUUGCAAUUUCUUAAUUUGAGUAAUUGCACUAACAUAUCGGAAGAAGGUAUUUUUCAUGUUUUGAGGAGAUGUUGUAAGAUUAGAUUUUUAAACUUAGCUAGCUGUUUACAAGUGAAGCUGCAUGGAAUGAACUUUGAAGUUCCUCAAUUGAAGGUGUUGAACUUAUCAAAUACAAGUGUUGACGAUGAAACACUUUGUGUGAUCUCAAAGAAUUGUUCUGGACUUUUGCAACUGAUACUAAAAAGAUGUGAUGAUAUUACAAAGGAGGGAAUCAAGCAUGUGCUAAAUAACUGCACGCAACUCAGAGAGAUCAAUUUGAUGUUUUGUUGUAAAUUGGUUCCUAAUAUUGUUGACGAAAUGAUAUUUUCAAGGCCAUCAUUGAGAAAGAUAACCGUUCCACCUUGCAACAUCUUCAAUAACAAAAAACUCGGUGACAAAAAGAGAAGAUUCUUUUCGCAUCAUGGAUGUCUUUUAAUCUAAUUUUUUUGUAAGAUGUUUUUUGAACACUAAAAUGCAACAUGUCUUUUGUUUUCACAUUUACUUCUUUAAGUUAUUUUAUUUGCUAACGUGUAAUUGCCUUAGUAAAAUUGGAAGAUUUUUUAUAA